CUGCUUGUCCCUUCAAAUUUAAGUGCGACAAUGGAAAUUGUAUUACAGAAUUGUAUGUUUGCGACGGAUACAAAGAUUGCGAAGACAACAGUGACGAACGUGAUUGCCCUGCCACAGUAUGUGACUCAGAAACUGAAUUUCGAUGUCAAAGCGGGGAAUGCGUCUGGAAAUCAGACGUAUGUGAUGGAUAUUCCGACUGUGAAGAUGACAGUGACGAAUACAAUUGCACCAACAUAUUUGUAACUGAUUUCGAUAUUUAUUUUAAAGAAUAUAUCUUUUUUGUUACAGCUGCUUGUCCAUUCCAAUUUCAGUGUGAUGAUGGAAAUUGUAUUGAUAAAUUUGAUGUUUGCGAUGGAGACAAAGAUUGCGAUGAUAACAGUGACGAACGUGAUUGCCAUGCCAGAGUAUGUAACUCAGAAACUGAAUUUCGAUGUAGAAGCGGGCAAUGCAUCCUGAAAUCAGACUCAUGUGAUGGAUUGAGUGACUGUAGAGAUAAGAGUGACGAAUCAAAUUGCACUGCAUCAUCCUGUCAAGGUUUUUUCUGUGGAGAUGGAGUAUGCUUACGUUCUUUUCAGAAAUGCAAUUACAGAGAAGAUUGCGUUGAUGGCUCUGACGAAGAAGGUUGUACUCCUUGGUGCUCUGAAAAAUAUAAUUUUCAGUGUGGUAUUAUAUGUAUCCAUAAACACUUCCUCUGUGACGGAUUUCGACACUGUCCCGAUAGUUCCGAUGAGAAAGACUGUGGUGAGUAACAUUUUUAAAAUUUACAAAUUGCAAAAUAAGGAAAAAAGUAUUAAUAACAUUUGAUCUUAUGAUUUGGUUUUUCGCGAACUAAAGGCCUGUUUACA